GAGUCCUAUAUAUUACACGGGGGCAUAGAGCCCCCUCUUCUUCAGUCUCUCUUCCAGUUGAUGACGUACACACCUGACAAAGUUUAUCUUCCUCAAUUUCCAGCAACUUAAACACAGCAUUGUCUAUAUAUAUACAAAAUUCAAAAAUCCAUUUCAUGAUUUAAACAAACCAUAGUGAGAUCGAGCUUCAAGAACACUCAUUCCAAACAAUCAUGACAGUCAAUAUAACCUCCAUUAAAACCUCCUCUAAUGGAAUUUGGCAAGGUGACAAUCCUCUAAACUACGCCUUCCCUCUCUUAAUCGUCCAGACCACAUUAAUCCUCCUUGUCAGCCGAAUCCUCGCCUUCCUCCUCAAGCCCCUCCGUCAACCUAAAGUUAUUGCGGAAAUCAUCGGAGGGAUUGUUCUCGGUCCAUCGGCAAUUGGAAGAAACCAACAUUACAGGCACCGGAUUUUCCCCACAUGGAGUACUCCGAUUUUAGAAAGUGUUGCAAGCAUCGGUCUCUUGUUCUUUCUCUUCCUUGUCGGUCUGGAAUUGGAUCUAACCUCGAUUCGCCGGAGCGGAAGACGAGCUUUCGCCAUCGCUGCAGCCGGAAUCACACUUCCGUUCACUUGCGGUAUAGGAGUUGCUUUCGUGCUUCGAAAAUCUGUAAAAGGAGCCGAUAAAGUCGGUUAUGUACAGUACCUAGUCUUCAUGGGAGUCGCUCUGUCCAUUACCGCCUUUCCAGUCCUCGCUCGCAUACUCGCUGAGCUCAAACUUCUCACCACUCGAGUUGGGGAAACCGCCAUGGCAGCCGCCGCAUUCAACGAUCUGGCCGCCUGGAUCCUCCUCGCCCUAGCCGUCGCACUCGCCGGCCCUCACAAGAGCCCAUUGGUGUCGGUCUACGUCCUUCUCUCCGGCGUCGCCUUCGUCGCCUUCAUGAUGGUUGUGAUCCGGCCGGCGAUGCGCUGGGUGGCUCGCCGGUGCUCGCCUGAGCACGAGGCCUACAUCACUCUGACUCUCGCCGGAGUGAUGGUUUCGGGCUUUGUGACUGAUUUUAUCGGAAUACAUUCAAUUUUUGGUGCUUUUGUGUUCGGAUUAACCAUUCCGAAAGGUGAAUUUGCGGAGAGAUUGAUCGAAAGAAUCGAAGAUUUCGUGUCGGGAUUGCUUCUUCCGCUUUAUUUUGCUUCGAGCGGGUUGAAGACCGACGUUGCUAAAAUACGCGGGGGGCAGGCUUGGGGGCUGCUGGCGCUUGUUAUCACGACGGCGUGCUCCGGGAAGAUUAUCGGAACGUUUGCGGUGGCGAUGAUGUGUAUGAUUCCAGCCAGAGAGGCGAUAACGCUCGGUGUUUUGAUGAAUACCAAAGGGCUGGUGGAGCUCAUCGUCCUCAACAUUGGCAAGGAGAAGAAGGUACUAAAUGACGAGGUCUUUGCAAUAAUGGUGCUAAUGGCAUUAUUCACCACCUUCAUCACAACUCCUACAGUUAUGGCCAUCUUCAAGCCCGCUCGCCCCGGCCAAUUACACUCCGCCAACUUCAACAACAUCAAGGAUGAACUUCGAGUCCUUGCUUGCGUCCACGGCCCUGGAAACAUCCCUUCCCUCAUCAAUGUCAUCGAAUCAACUCGAUCCACCAUCAAGUCCCGACUCAAACUCUACAUCAUGCAUCUUGUGGAGCUCACCGAGCGGUCCUCCUCGAUUGUCAUGGUCCAACGUGCCCGGAAGAAUGGUUUUCCGUUCAUCAACCGGCAAGGUGGGUGCGAGUUGCAUGACCGAGUGGCUGUCGCGUUCCAAGCUUACGGCCAACUCGGUCGAGUCAGCAUCCGACCCACAACUGCAAUAUCACCAUUGUCCUCUAUGCACGAGGACAUAUGCCACAUGGCAGAAGACAAGAGAGUGACCAUGAUCAUACUGCCUUUCCACAAACAGUGGAGGAGGAGAGAGGAUGGAGGUGACGAAGAAGAGGUGGAGAAUGUGGGCCACGGUUGGAGAGGAGUCAAUCAAAAGGUGUUGAAGAAUGCGCCAUGUUCAGUGGCGGUGCUUGUGGACCGGGGAUUCAAUGGUGGAUCCCAACGAACUCCUGGGGCCACUGCCACCGUGGCACAAAGAGUGUGCAUUGUGUUCUUUGGUGGGCCUGACGAUCGCAAGGCACUGGAACUGGGUGGAAGGAUGGCGGAGCAUCCGUCCGUUAAGGUGACCGUUGUGAGGUUCAUUGAGAAAGAUGGCUUUGAGGCUAACGGAGUUAUCUUACGUCCGUCACUAGAUAAGAGUAGAGAGAAAAGUUACACCUUCUCAACAGCCAUUAUGAACCGUGAGAAGGAAAAGGAGCUGGAUGAAGGAGCUGUGGUGGAGUUUCGGAACAAGUGGGAUGGAGUGGCGGAGUACACCGAGGUGUCGAGCAAUAUUGUCAGCGGGGUUAUGGAGAUAGGGCAAAGCGGAGACUACGACCUCAUGGUUGUAGGCAAAGGCCGGUUCCCAUCAUCCAUGGUGGCCGAAUUAGCAGACCGAGAGGCUGAGCAUGCAGAGCUAGGGCCCAUAGGGGACAUGUUGGCUUGUCCGGGCCAAGGGAUAGUGUCAUCAGUUCUGGUGAUCCAACAACAUGAUCUAGCCCACACAGAGGAAGCCCCAGUGUCAAAGAUAAUGGACCUGGAGGAUGGUCCAGUAACAACAUCCCAUGGGCCAUCAAGUCCAGUGGGAACUCAAACAGAUUGUGUGUGACCACCCAAAGAAUUUGGGUAUGUAGAUGUGUACUAUGAUCUUUGAGUUCAGUUCCCACAGAUAGGAUAAAAACUUCAAUACAAUGGUGAUACCAUAUCAUUAGUAUCACCAUCUAAUAAUUUCUUGUCUUCGAUUCUCUAUGCAUACGUGACAAGAUAGUUGUACCUGAAAAAUGGGAUUGACCCUCCACAUCAUGUAGCUUUAUUGUUUAUUGGUGAUACUACAUUAUCGGAUACUGUAACUACAAUUGUGGGUAGACAAGAUUUAUAAGAUAUGCUGAAAAUCUUAUACGCCAAUAUAUUUUUGAUGUUCAA